UGAGUCAGAGUGCGUGGUGCUGCUGCUGCUGCUGCCAUUUCAUCACCUUUGCGAGCGUAGCAUCCAUCCCUCCACUCCCUCAACGCCUGGGCCUACCUUCAGGCUACCAGGCCAGUGAUGCGGCCAGUCUAGAAACGGGUUGACCUGCGCUAAGGCCUUGGUGGGGCGCCCCCUUCCGCCUCCCCAGGCCUGGGCUGAAGAGUCCUGCCAGGCCACGGCCAUGGAGGCCAUCUGGCUGUACCAGUUCCGGCUCAUUGUCAUCGGCGAUUCCACGGUGGGCAAGUCCUGCCUGAUCCGCCGCUUCACCGAGGGCCGCUUUGCUCAGGUUUCAGACCCCACCGUGGGGGUAGAUUUUUUCUCCCGCUUGGUGGAGAUCGAGCCAGGAAAACGAAUCAAGCUCCAGAUCUGGGAUACAGCGGGUCAAGAGAGGUUCAGAUCCAUCACUCGAGCCUACUACAGGAAUUCAGUAGGUGGUCUUCUCUUAUUUGACAUUACCAACCGCAGGUCCUUCCAGAAUGUCCAUGAGUGGUUAGAAGAGACCAAAGUACACGUUCAGCCCUACCAAAUUGUAUUUGUUCUGGUGGGUCACAAGUGUGACCUGGAUACACAGAGGCAAGUGACUCGCCACGAGGCCGAGAAACUGGCUGCUGCAUACGGCAUGAAGUACAUUGAGACGUCAGCCCGAGAUGCCAUUAAUGUGGAGAAAGCCUUCACAGACCUGACAAGAGACAUAUAUGAGCUGGUUAAAAGGGGGGAGAUUACAAUCCAGGAGGGUUGGGAAGGGGUGAAGAGUGGAUUUGUACCAAAUGUGGUUCACUCUUCAGAAGAGGUUAUCAAAUCAGAGAGGAGAUGUUUGUGCUAGUUAACCCUUCCAUUUUCAAAACAUACUCUCCCACUUGAACUUAAAUGUUAUCAAAAUAAAUAGAAUUCUUAUGUGACUGAAGAGAACUCAACCUUUGGAUAACAAAUGAGCCUUCUUCCUAGGGGUGGAGCUCUGGCAGGCUCAUGUGUGGAUAGAUAGGGAGCCUGGGUGCUGUGACUGAGGGACUAAUGUGCUGACAUGGGCUGGACCAGAAAUUGUUUUAUGGCCCAGGCUCAGCAAUGGCUGCUCUGUUUGCCCUUUGUGGACCACAUAUUAAGGGUCUGGGGUUUUGAAAGUUAGGUUCCAGGAAAACACAGACAGAAAAACUGUUUCUUGGUAUUGCAACUUUUCAGAGGUGGUGACCAUAAAGAAACAUGUAGAUGGAAAUCAAGUGUCAAACUGGGGACAAUUAAUAUAACUGAAAAAAAGAGUAUGGUAUCAACUUAUGCAGUGAUAAUACCAUGCCAGAUAUGUGCUGGGUUCAGUACACACUAAUUCAUUUCUAACAAUACAACUAUAAAAUGAAAGUUCCAUAUGAAUCAGCUAUUUGGUAAGGCCCUUUCAAGGUCCAGCAGUCUAGUAAAACUGCUGUGAAUAUGAAAAGGGAAGUCAUUCACACAUUGUUGUUAUCACAUUUGAGAAAGUGUAUACUCUGGUGCUAGAGUUACCAAUUGUGUGAAAGAAACUGUCCCAUGUAAAAUGCCCAUGUGAGGAGAAGAAGAAAACAUUGUAACUCAAAGGCCAAAUUACAUCUGGGUUUUCACUGCAUCAGCUAACCAUAAUCUGGAAGUAAGCAUACUGCCUGCUUCUUCAGAUCCCUGCAGUGACAACACAGAGAUUGUCUACAAAAAACCCUAAGUCAAGCCUUUGGUCAUUGGCUUUAUGCUGAGUAUUUGUUCAAUGUGUGGCCCUCGAAACCCUUAAAAAUCCUGCAUAUUAAUUUAUUUCACUUAUUUGAUCACCAUAAUAGGCCUAUGAGAUUUUUUUUUACACUGUUUUCCAGAAUAAGAAAGCAAGAGCCAAGACUACCUGAUUCUUAGAUUUUUUUCCGCCGGAUCAUAACACUGUCACAUGAAUAAAUGAUUAAUCUGUAAAUCUUGGAAGACAUGUGACUCUAAAUAAAUGUUCUCUACAUGAUAGGAUAUGUUUUCCUUGUUUCACAGCUCAGCUAUAAUCCUGAAGGACUCUAGGAAUAAUCAAAGGUUAAGCCUAUUCAGGAGUUAUUUACAAAAGGGCAUUAAAUAAGGGAUUAACUGCACAAAUGAAAAUACAUUAAAACUGUGGGUUCUAAAUGUUCUUCUCACAAACACUAUAAAUAUUUUCUUGAAAGGAACCAAAUACAACAAAGGGGAGUGGGAUGGGAUAAAGUACUCACUCCACGAUAACCAAGGCCACCUGUCUGUUAUGUAUCUACACUGGGCUCCUGUCUACCUGAGUCAGUUCUUAAUUCUCAGGUGAUCAGACAGCUAACAAGCAUCAGCAAAUUAGAAUGGGUGACAUGAAAAUUUCAUUAUCUUCUUGAAAAGAAGUGAUGCUUUAAAUUACUUUUUGGAUUGUAGCCAGUUCAGCUAGGCAAAAGCCAUACUUUUCACAGAAAACUAUUCUGAUUAGAGUCAAGUUUCUCAUAUACCCUGUGGUAGAAAGAAAGGCAAAUCAUUUUUGCAAUAUCCUGUUCAAGUUCAGUAUGAAUAUGUGAAUCAGAAAAUCUGGGAAUUUGUUUCAGCUAAAAUAAACCAAAUAAUAAAAGUUAUGAAAGAUCAUUCUGCCACCUUUGCUUCAACUUUGAUGAGCAAAUCAUUUUGCACGAAUUCACAUCAUCAAGUACAGGUGAAGUGAUCAUUUACUCUAUAUUCAUUUCACACAUUUUAAAUUGCCAGCUUUUUGGUUGUAGAAGACAAACAACCUUUUUUGUGGGUUAACACAAAAUCUCAGCAACUAUACUCAUGUCUGGAUAGUUCCAAAACCAAGAUUAUCCAGUGGAUAAAUGAGAGUUGUCUAGAUUCUUGUCAACUCAAGGGGGGGUGGGGAUAGAAUUAAAACAUGCCUACAGUUUUCAUUCUUUUUCUUUCUUUCUUUCUUUUUUUUUUUUGAGACAGGGUUUCUCUGUGUAGCCCUGGCUGUCCUGGACUCACUUUAUAGACCAGGAUGGCCUCGAACUCAUAGAGAUCCGACUGCCUCUGCCUCUCUGAGUGCUUGAAUUACAGGUGUGUAUCAUGGCUCUCAGCUUUACAGUUUUCUUGACUAUAGUACAUUAUAAACUUUCCUAUUCCUGGCAUUUUAAAACAGGUUUCAAAAUACCCAACAUAGAUGCAGCAGAGGUGGCUGAACUUAACUGCUUAAAUAAUUUCUAGAAAAAAAUCUUAAAAAUCAUUUUAGUAGAAUUCAGUGCUACUGUCACUGUAAUAAGUGGGUUUUAGAAAAUAAGUGUGAAAAAUCAAGUGUUCAUAUAAUACUAAGGAUAAAGCUUUAGAAGCUAUUUUACUACAUAGGUAAAGAAAAGAUAAACUAACUUGUAACAAUGAUCACAACUGCAUGUUGGAUUAGGUUGUCUUAUAUUCCAGAACAAAAUGUACUGUAUACUUUUCCUCACUUUGUUGUGCACUGUAAUGAAAUGUGAACAUUUCUUUAUUUGGCUGUAUGUGAAUGAAAAUAUGCUUGUAUUUAGUAAAAUGGUUGAUCAUGUGACUGAGAUUCCACAUGUGUGUUGUAGCUAUUUCUAGAAUGUUUCCCUUCAUUGUUGCAAACAAGGAUACCAAUCAGAUACUGUAGUGUAUACCAAUAUGAUAUGACAUACUUUGCAUAAACAUAGCCAUCAAUAUCUGAAAGCCAAAAGGAGGACACAUUUUUUAAUGGCAUGUGAGUCUCAUGUUGAAAACCACAGAAAUAUCACUAUUUCCUUUUCAGCACAAGCCACUAUGUAAAAAGUUGGCUCUCUGAAGCCUAAAGCUUCAGCAUUAUAAUUUUUAAUCAAGUGCUAUAUGCUGUCACCAGGGAAGUAGUUAAUUACAACUAUUGUCAUCACUGGAAAGUCUUUUCCAAGCUAAAUUGCCUUUUUUGUUGUUGUUGUUCAUUGGUUCUUUUGUUUUUGUUUUCAAAUCUGACUGUGGCACACUAUAAUGUAAGGAACAUUGCAAGAUGGGGAACAGAUUGGAACACAGUCAUCUAGCACAUUUUACAAGGUGAUAGUGCACAUCUGAGAGAAAAAUUAGAGAAAUAUUUAAUUCUGGAUCUUAGCAUAUGCAAACUAAUCCCAGCACAGUUUUAAAACUUUUGCAGUCUUAAGUAAAUUAAGGGGAGGAAUGAGAAAAGAAGAAAGAUAAUUUAUUACCUUUGGACUCCAGACCCUUAUAACCAACUGUUUAUCUGUGAUCUCCACAUGGUUGUUCAUUAUUAUCACAGAUUUAACAUCUCCCAAAUCAGGCUCCUGAUCUUCUACUUCAAGCUAUGACAUAACCUCUUGGCUAAAUGAUAACUUUCUCCUAUGUAUUCCUGCCAAAAGCUUAGAGUCAUCCUUCUUUCAUCCUCUUUCUUACUCUACAUUUGCUCUAUCUGAAAAUUAUGUUGGCAUAAGAGUAUAAUAAUAUUACAGCUUUUCAGCACCUUCAAUGUCAACACACUGGUCUUGUCCACUGUCACUUAUCACCUGAGUUAUUGUGAGUUAUUGUGUCUCCCUACAGCCACUCUUGCUACCACUUCCCUACCAUAGUACAUUAUCCACAAAACUCAAGGGUGCCUGAUGAAGCUUGAGUUGAAAACAGUCACCUGCCCAUAAUUUUCCAGUGCUUAUCAAUUUCAUUCAGUUUAAAACAUAAAGUCCUUCCAAUAGUCUACAGAAGAAUCCUUAAAAAUGAAUUCCAUCCCACCUAGUGUGGGGUGGACACUUUUAAUGCCAGCACUCAGGGAGGCAGAGGCAGGUGGAUCUCUGUGAGUUCAAGGCCAGCCUGCUUUACACGGUCCAGGACAGCCAAGGCUACACAGAGAAACCCUGUUUGAAGACAUCAAA